GGGAACGCCUAGUUUGAAGACUACAGAGCCGUAGAGAUGUUGCCACAGCUUAUUGCAGCUUUGUUUUUGCUGGAAAAUCACGGGCUUGCCCAGGAAGUUAAAUUGAAUCAGUCCAGGUAAUGGAAGCUAUGUCCUUUGCAAUUUCAAUUUUUUUGUCCCUAGUCUAAACUUUCCUCGCCAAAGAUAUAUUCUUUAUUGUAAAAACGUUUCGUGUUGACGCGGAUUUUACUUGGUGUAUUGAAAUGUUUAAAUGGAUGUGUAUAAGGUAUAUUUAUUUCCACUGUGUACUCCCAAGUUUUGUAACAACGUUGUAUUUACCGAAAUUUGCGUACGUGACCUACUUAAAUUCUGUUUGUAGAAUGAGUUUGUUUCCUUGUCCAUUUUGAACAAUUAAUUUCAUUCGGUUAGACUAGUCCGAUUCUCGAAAGAGACAAAUUAUUCAGCUGUUUCUAUUUCCUUCCCUGCGAUAUUUUGAACAGAUUUUCACCGGCAGAGUAUUUUUUUAAGAUGUUGUCUAUAAUAUUUACCUUGUAAUGAAUCAAAUUUGUCGGAUUGGUUAUGAAAACCGCUGGUUUCGUCCUUUAUUACGGGCGUUGUUUUAGCUUACAACAUCAUAUCAUAUCAUUAUAACACGGCAGCGAGCUCGGAUAUUUACAUAUCGUCAUUUAACUAAGAAAUUGCGGCAGAAACCACGGAAUUUCAUAACCGGCUGGCUCUCGACUUCUAUGGCCUAAUUAAACUGAAGCCAAUAUGUACUGGGCUCCCUAUGGCUUUGAGCUUAAGAAUCUAUACAAUUCUUUUUAAAAAUUUAUCUCAUUUUUCAACGAUUCUUUAGAUUCUAUGUCAGAUGUGUAUACAACCUACAACUCGGUGCUCGUGCUGUUUAAUAUGACAAAAGUUAAACUGGGUAUGGUAGAGCGUCACUUCUCUGCUAAAGUUGUUCGGACAUCGCAAACAACUGUUUAUCACUUUGCGUGCCGAAGAAAGUUUCAGAAAGGCGCUACAGGGGUCAUUUCCCCUCAUAUUCAAUUCUUCGUUUGUUUUUUGAACACCGCACUGAAGAUUUCAUAUCGACUUGUUUUGUGUACAAUUAAAACUGUUGCAUCUAGAUCCAAUGUUUUCUUUUUUUUGCAGUAAAACAUCGCAUUAAGAAACAGAAAUUGAUGUUACCCGACAAAUUUUAUUGGCAAAACAAUUCUUGUGCUUUGACAGAGCUGAAAAUUAAAUCUAUGUAAAACAUCGCGGAGCUUUUUGUAUGUAGUCAAAACUAAACGAAAAGCAAUUUCUUCCUUUUCUUUUGAGAUAACAAGAUAAAAAUAAUUUGUCUUAUCUUUGAUCUUAACUUUUCUGUUUGACAUCAUUAUGAUUUAAAGAUUUCACAAGUUAUACGCGAAUACUUUCAAAAUAUUACGAAUAACACGUCGUACGACGUAAAAUAAACAUUGUUAUUUUGAUGGAAUUCGCUUGGCUAAAAUGGUAUGACAAUAGGUUUUUUGGUAGCUCUUGUAUUUCAAAAUGUUUCUAAGUGAUAUUGGAGUCGAAAUAAGUACUUUAUUUUAAUUAGCAGCUGCACGUUGUAGAGAUAUGUUGUUUUCAGGGAUGAGAAGUAUUUUUCACACAAUUCUAUUUCAAGCCAAUUGUAAUAGGAGGUGCUAAUUUCGCUGAUAAAUUGUUUCAAUUCACGAUUAUCACUAGCAGUAAUUCAUCGUCGAGCUUUGAUUGAUCUUCGCAUUGUAAUUUCUUGCCAAUUACCACGGAAAAACCCCUCAACCUUUCAAUUCCACGUUUCCUUUUUUCAUCUGUGGUUGUCUUUUUCGUCUAAUGGAAAUCCUAAGCUCCGAAUGAGAAACAAUUAAUGCUUCAAUUACAUUUAGUGAGGUGACUUUUCUUGAACUAUGUGAAUCGAAAUCUUGAUUUGCCGGAAGGUUUGUCAAGACAAACUAAAAGAAACCUUAGUUGAAAAUUAUCAGGAGAAUUAAAAUCCUAAUGAUUUGAGUAAUUUUCCAAAGCCGUAUUGUAUUUUCCCAUCUUCUCUAAUUUGAACUAAUUUUCAAAUUUGAAAUCGGCUCGGACGAAAUAGAGUAUUCAAAAUGUCCGAAGAAAGUUACAGGCAAGACCAGCGCGUAAUGCUUCACGGUUAAAGAUAAUCCCAGGCUGCCGCACGGACCACGCUUAGCGAAAGAGCAGCUAAAAAAUUAUGAGAAGGGUAUCAGGUAUCUUUUAGAAAGCAAAGAACGAAAAAACACAUCUCAUGAUUCACUGGGAACGAGUUAAACACGCAUCAGUUUAGUCUUGGCUUUGCAUGAAUUUGAAAAGAAUGAGCGGACUGAAAGGAGCCGUUGCAUCUGCCCGCAACUGUCUGCUGCGCCGGAGUAGAUGUGAACGCAGCACUAUCAAGAUUUGAGUUCCUAUGAUGCAAGAGUAACGUUGAUGCCAGUUACAAGUAAACCGAAACUCGUCUUUCUUUUUGUGACAACCACGUCAACGUAGGGUCAUCUUCGGUGUCUUUUACAUCACAUUAUCAAAGAACAAGAUAUUCUUCGGACGAGUUCGACAAUGAGGACAACAUUUGAGCUCAAGCUUCCGGUAAAAUACUAUGAUCAGGAUAUAAUAAUUUUCGGGAACCUUUAUCAAGCUCCUUAUGACCAAGAAAAGAUUGCACUGUUAUUAUUAUCGGCCAAAAUUGAACCCUCCCAUACAGAGUAAAUCUUUAAAACUACUAAUGUGCCGGAAUCUUGCCUUUGUAGCGAUGUACGUCAAUUUCACCGAAAAACGUCCUAUAAUGUUGAUAACAAUGAAGGUUUCCGCAAAUGUCGCAGGUUUGUGCAUACCCAAUGUUUAAACGUUUGAAAAUCUCGAAAUCGUCGAAGGAUUCGUCGUGGAAAUCCAAAGGACCAUCAUGAACCGUUAUCAUAUUUUCGAAAUAAAAACAUUAAAAAUAUUUGUAUAUAAAGCUAAUAAAUUUACCCUCUAGAACGUCUUUUGUCACCUGUGCAUCGACAGAGUAACUAGUAUCUGUAUAUUUUUCUUUUUGAUCCAGUCCCGUGACCGUUGCAAAGCCUGAUACUACGACAACUCCGAAGUCAAUGCCAAGUUCAUCUAGUAAUUUCAAUGUAAGCCAACUGAUACGUGAUCUUCUCGACGGUUAUGACAAGAGACUUCGCCCUAACUUUGGAGGUAUGAAAUAGUCUUUUUUUUUUUUCUGAAGCUAUCAGUUUUUACAUGAAAAAGUGAUCAGUAAUAUGCCAACCAACCAAACCAUUUGUUCCCUGAUGUAUUGACUGUUUACUGGCUGCCUAACCUCGAAACUCUCGCAUUCACUGUUUGAAGAGUUAAAGAUUUAGGUAAACGUAUGCCUCUAGUCGCUUUUAAUGUCACAGAGAUUUUUCUCUAGAUGAAGUGAAGUAAUACUCGUUAUCGAGGCGCGGAAAGGAUGAAUGAAAGCGAAGGAUGAACUGCAUUGCAAAUGAAGACAUUAAAAAUUUUGACUUAGAUGAACUCACUAUAACGAAGCUUGUUUGCGGAUCACGUUGUUGGUAAAUUUACCCGAAUCAAGAGAACAUUCAAAGUUUGCUCCUUUACCUAAGAUGACUUACUGCAUAAUUAGUUUACGGGAGCACUACGGGGCAUAGCCAAUCAGGUCACAAGAUUCCACGGGGGUACAAAAUAACCAAUCAUGUCAUUUCUGUCCAGCAUAAUAGCUUUGCACUUGCAUGACGGCGAGAUUGCCUUCCAAAUCAAAUCGCCGUCUUGAAUGCCAACCCAGCCAUGCGAUUGGUAUAUUCCUACGUAUAAUAAGUGCACGUGAUUCAAAACUUUGUAACCUGAGUGGCCAUAACCUAUAUAUAUUGUCCGUGUAUACUACUGACAUAGAAUCAACCUCUUUAGUUACAGUUAGCCAAACAAAUCUCGCAACGUGUUGUCCUCAUGUGAAAAUUUUAAACUUUGUUUUGGCCUGAAUUUGAGUUUGAGCCACCAAUCAACGAAGAGGUACGUUUCUUACAGUGGAUAUGAUGAUUUUAAUCCCUCUCCAGGUCCCCCCGUCAAUGUGUCUGCGACUGUCUUCAUUGAGUUCAUUGGUGAUAUCGAUGAAAUCAACAUGGUAUGUUUUGAUUUUAUUUCUUUAGGAUUGAAUUUUCUGGUUUUCUUGAGAGAACAGUUGUGCGAAUCAAUUCUUCUCUACCUUGUUAUUAAUCUUUAUAGACCAUAUUAGGUCGAUUUUUUCUAAAAUUCCAGAGUCAUAGAGAUUUUUCUUUUUGGAAAAACUAUACAUCAGAGGGAAAGGGGCAAGUGAUAUCGAGGGAAGCAAGAUAUAAGAGCUCCAGUAAUUUACCCAAUUGUUAAAAAGAUAGUAAGUGGUUCAGUGAUGAGAGAUCAAAUGAUGCCCAUCUGUAUGUUGCUCAAAACAGGAAUUUACGACAAUUAUGUACUUCCGUCAAUACUGGAAAGACGAGCGUUUGAAAUACAACCACAAAGGAUACAAAAAGAGACUUGCUUUUAAUCCUGAAAUGCUCAAAUUCAUCUGGGUUCCGGAUACACAUUUUCCUGGAAUCAAGGAUGGGCUUAAACACGACAUCACAGACACCAAUGAGGUGGUCCGACUGUGGCCUGAUGGUGCCGUACUGUACAGCAUGAGGUAAACUUAACAAAAUAUAAAGUUCUCCGGGUGGGAGGGGAGUGGGUUUACUUAGGAAUAGAGAGGGUAGAUGAUUUGUGGGUUUUGAAUGACUUCUUCUUUUGAAGAAUUCUGGGGUAACUGGAAACUUUAAGAAUAUUGCUUCAAAUCUCCAAGAAGGUUUUUUUUUGACAACGAUGCAUUUUUUCAGAAUUUUCUUCGAAUUUUCCGUUGCUUGAUAUUCGUCGGACUUACCCACCCUUCCCUUCGAUAUCGAUAAGGCACGCCCUCAAUUUGUUUUUGGCUCAUGUUGUAUCUUUACACUUUUUGUUUCAUCUUACUAAACAAAGUCUUAUGAAUCGUUAUGAAUCUGUUAAAAGACCUUAAUUCUCAGUUGAUCAAGGUGUUGCAGUAAAGUUCAAAUGCACCUAUUUCUAAUGCAAUGCUAUUGAAAUAGGAGAGGCGUCGGGUAUUAGGAAAUUAACGACCGUAAAUGACAAAUACAACUACAAGUGGCAUAAAAACUACACCCGGGAUACCUAUGCUGGUCAGUUAGUGCAUGUGCAGACUUUCUCUUUUUACCCGCCAUUGAUAACUUCAUUAUGUGGAUGCUGAGCGAAGAAACCAAGCAAAUGAUUAUCCUGUAGCUCAUUAUGCUUAUAGUAUUUGUAUUUUUUGUCUUCUUUAAGGCUGAAAAUAACAUCACAGUGCCCGAUGAACCUGAUAAAUUUCCCAAUGGACAAACAAAAAUGUUAUCUAAACAUUGAAGCUUGUAAGUGAUAUUCAAUUUUUUUAAGUGUAUCUUGUUUUCCUGAAAUCUAUAGAUGUUUAACUGUUGCUAACCAGCUGUUCUUUGAGCUACUCAGUCAGUUACGAUGACCAAGAGUUGAUCCUUCAAUGGUAUCACAAAAACCCUGUGACGGUGUCAGACAAAAUUCAGAUCCCCAGCUACACUUUGACAUCUUAUGAUCAUUAUUCAGACACUGAGGACUUCUCGACUGGUACGAUGUUAUCUUUUGACGUCUGAAAGCUUUUACGCACUUUAUUACACCCAUUUUGAAAUCACUGGUGGCCCCUGUAAUCUGAUUGGCUCUAAUUGGAGCGAUUUAUUCACGAAUCGCACCAUUUUUUGCUUUAAAUUGCAUCAUUUUCCCAGCCAAUGAGGAGGCUACACUGAAAACAAAACGACCAAUCAGAUUUCAAGGCUUGUAUAAAGUAACCAAUCUAAUUGCAGGAAAAUGAAAGACAAAGAGUCUCAUUUGGCAAAUUCUGCAACCUUUGUUUCCAAAACUCUUGUUUUUUCCCCCCCAAAAUCGGAUGAAUUUAAUUUCAAGCUAGCUCAGUACUGCAUCAAUGAAAUUUUUGAACUGACCAAGUCCUGUAUUUGGGCGAUUUCAAAAUGGAUGCAAUAAAGUGGUAAUUGAACCUUGUGCCGUGCAAUUUUGGUCUGAAAUCAUACUUGUGAUUUCAAAUCGAACUCGUGCUGUGCGUUCGUUCGAUUUUGAAACCACACGUAUGAUUUCAGCCCAAAUUGCACUCCACUCAAUUCAAUUACCAUUAUUUAACACUGCGUUCAUAAUGCAAAACAUGUAGACAUGUUUGCCUUAAAAGGAAAUAAAUGUAUGUGACUCUGUAUGCAUGUGAAAAUACAUUAACUGCGUCUAAGAGCUUUAUCCUUUAUACACUUUUAUAAAGGGGGAAAGUAUCUAGGGAAACUUUGGUGCUGCGUCGUAGAGAGGUAAUUUGCUAUUAUCAACUGAGUUGAUAAUCGAUAUCGGCCACCGAAACUCUUGUUUGAAACUUUUCAGCACCGUUGGCCAAUUUACCUUAUCAAGUCAGUUGAUAAUACCAAAAUACCUCUACACUCUUAUAUUGGUAUUCAUGUUCGUCGCACUGUUCUUUUUACAUUUCCUAUGGAAAAGGAAAAUUUUUUUAUUUGUUUGUUUUUUCCAGGAACGUCCUAAAUAAGUGAUAAUUUUCUUUGUUCUCAUGACCUUUACAUUUGAUUCAAGGAUACUGUAAUGAGGAAUUAGAAGCCAAUCACUCAUAUGAGUUUCAGGGUUGAAGUGUCUAAGUGGUACUAGUUUGCAUUUGCUGCUUUCGCACGAGUAAACGAACGAGUGGCUUUGAGCAGGUCUGACCAAAAUGACAAAGAAAGGAAUGUAACAGCUUGCAACUACAGAUAAAACUGAAGGUCGUUUAACAUAUUUACUAGAAGUAAGCCAUCAGUGUACCAAACCCACUACUUAUCCACUAAAUACGUAUGUUUGUGUGUUACAGGAACUUACUCACUCUUAACUAUUCAAUUUGAUUUGACUCGUCGAUUGGGAUUCCACAUGAUUCAGGUAUGAACUGAAAUGAAUUUUCUUUCUGGAGAGUUAUAAUGAGAAAAGGCUCUCAAAUAUUCUUAUGAUCCCUCGUCAUUGGCAGUUGAUCGGCAGUCAAUUUCCUAUACUUCCCCUUUUAUACUAUGUUGACGACGAAUGACCCCCCUCCGUUUCCUCAGGAAAUUAUUUAACCCUCCACCCCCCCCUCCCCAUUAGACAAUAAAUAAAGACAGGCCCUUUAGUAAUUAGUAUUAAUAUUAUGCGGGAUCAAAUGAUUGAAGAAAAGUUGUGUUUUACUGACGUUUACGUCCGGCCAAAUUAAAGUCCUUGGCACUUUACAUCCUAAACUCAGCAUGGCACCGACAAGGAAAAUUUAUCUAUAAAUGAAGAACAAUUCAAGUCUGGCAGACCAAUUUUGUUCUUUAGCCUCAUAAACUGAUGGUUUACAAUUUCGCAGAUUUACUUGCCGUGUUACUUAAUUGUGGUCCUGGCUUGGGUCAGUUUCUGGGUUGAUCGCGAACAAACCGCCGCCAGGAUUGCCAUGGGAAUCACUACUGUUCUUACAAUGGCAACGCUGAUUGGUAGUGCCAGGACUUCUCUACCGAAGGUACAUUUUCAUUCUUUGGCUUUCAGGAUAGUUUCCUUAUAUCAACCAACAGCGGCUCGAUCUGAAAUUACCCUUGUUGCCUGAAUCUAAUUAUAAAAUCGGGCUAGUAAAUAUGUUUUAGAAGACUGUAAAUUAAUCACUAACUUUUAGAAAUAAUUGAAAUCAGUUUUGAAUGUUUUUGUUAGCCGUAACAGAAAAAUUUUUGCCUUAAGAGCCAUUACCCUCUUCCAAUAGGACGUGGUUAACAAUAUGUCGGAGAUUUCUUGAUCGUGAGGAGUAAGUGAAUAAAAAGUUUAUAUUGUUCGUUUCAGGUUUCGUACGUUAAGUCCUUGGAAUGGUUUCUUAUGAUGUGCUUUCUGUUCGUGUUUUCCGCCAUCUUGGAAUACGCCUUUGUGUCUUAUCUGGUGUUCAAGCAGCGAGAGGAAGAGCGAAACAGGGUUGCAAUGAGAAAGAAACAUGACGAGGUAAGAGAAUGACAACACAUUUACAGUUCAUAAAUGACGUAAGGUGUAAAAUCUUCUAACGGCUACUGGUGGCAAAACCUCCGGUAUUUCCAAAUGCAUCCAGCAUUUUGGUAAGACCACGAACGCCUUACCUAAAUUAGGAGAAGGUAGACACAUUUUCAAACCAGAUCAGUCAUUUGCAAAUAAACUGUUCUCCCAUUUAUUUCAUCUUGUUACAAUAAACAAGUAUGUCCGCUGGACACGUUAGUGCAUUCGCUUUUUGAACGGUUAGUUACCACAAAACGUUAUAGGAACUAGUUUAUAAAAAUAAACAUUAUCUGCUGUUUACAAGUGUUACUAUAAAUUGACUUCUAUUUUGUUGCUGAUGUUUUUCUAGGACAAAGCUUCCGAGGCAGCAGAGGUAUUGGUCGAUAAUGACAAAACGCCUCCGUCGCCUGGUAGCCGCCCCUCUUCAGGUCAAGAGGCGGUCUGGAUACCAGGGAAAUCUCAGGUGGAGACUGUGACGAGACCGGGCAAGUGCCGAGGCUCCAAGAAGCCUCCAUCGGAGGAUCACUAUGUCAGGAUUCUCAAUACUGUGGAGUUUUUCUCCAGGCUGCUGUUUCCAGUGGUGUUUGUCUUUCUGAAUAUCGCUUACUGGCUCUACUACGGAGGAAUUCUGUAAGAGGAGACUCUGGUGGCGAAUGGUGGAAGAUGUGUUGGAGGGGAGAGGCAUAUAUAGCUCUCUUUUCAUAAUUAAAUGGUAAUGGAUUUGCUUUACUGAGCGUUUGUUAGGCGGUUUUGUCGUAACUAAGUACUUUAAAUGGUUAUUAUCCCAAAGGCUUAUUGAAACUGGUUUUUGUUUUUUUUCGCUUGGAGUCAGAAUUCAUUCAGAUGCGCAUGUCCAGUUUAUUCUUGAGUUUGAACGUAACCAAAGAGGAUGUGAAUUUUUUUGAGAUACAGAGUGGAUUUCUUGAGGAUUGAACAUAACAAAGCGUGGAGGGAGCGUGUAAUUUUUGACAAAUUACGUUUAGGACUUUAUAAUAUAGCAGUAAUACCUACACGGGACCUGGAUUGAAAUAAUGUUUAAUGUAAGUCGAAGCCGUCGCAUCGUUCUCUUUACGACGAAUGAUUGAAACAAAAAUAGGGAUCGUUGCAUUUCAUAAAUUAUUUGAUAACUGUUCUUUCGCCUUGUUACCGUAAGUAUUAUUUUGUCUUUGAGUAGAUAUAUCGAAUUUUGAUCGUAUUAUUAAAGGAAAUACAGAAGUAAAAGGAAAGUUAUAAAGGCCAAAUAAUGCAGCAAUUUCCCUGAAUCUUUCCAUCUCAAAAUGUAAUACUUUACAUUCGUUGAGUUUGACAGGAAGGCGUUCACUGGUAAAAUCGACUUAGUAUGCUACGCUAGUAAGCCUAUAAACGACUGGGGAGUGUUGUUAACUUUUAAGUUCUUAUUAUUGUAAAGGUUUAUAUAACAAUGAUAUUGUAGUUUGGGGCAAGUUUUACAACUCUUUUAUCGUUUACUUCUUUUUGUAUUAUAUGCUUUGUAGACCGUUUUUGCAAGCUUUAGACAACUUUCGAUCGAUUGUUAAGAAAAUCGAUAAUUAACUACUCAUUAAGCUUUCGUGAGUAGGAUCAGUGGGUGAGCAAUAAUUGCUAAAAUCAACGAAAUUUCUGGUUCAGUUGAAAAAAUUCUAUAAAAAUUUCUUAGGUAACUGGAGACAUGGGGUCUUCUCCUACAAGUAAAAUUGACAACUUCCUGUCUCCUUUUUCGAUUUGACAGGUCCUUAAAAUGAUUUAGCUUACACUCAUUACUAGUACUAGUUAACACACAAAGAUUCCUGGAACCUCUUUGAUUUUAUUUUAUUGGAGGGGAGACUAACCCUUUUCUUUAAAUAGUUUAAAGUUUGUUUAAUACUUAUAGUACUAAAAAAGGAUUUAGUAGCCGGGUAAGAAUCUUAAAAUUUCAAGUUUGAUACACUUGUCAAACAAUUUUGCUGUUAUCUUUAUUAAAAGAGGGAGGGGGUGAUCCUCGCCUAAAAGUGAGACCUUUAUCAAAAAAUAAAAUAAAUUUCGGGGGUUAAAUCAUCAAGUUUUCUUCUUUGUAUUUUAUUGGUCAAAUUAAAGAGUGUGAUUCACUCCUUGACCAUGCUGAUAUUGCUGACGUGAUUCGAAAGAGCUGGUGUGACAAGCAUCAUGUAAAUCUCAUAAGCUUUAACACUCAAUCUUUCGUGGCCAGGCAAUCGCAAUUGGGAAAUGUAUAUGAUAAAGAAAUCAUUGAUUUCGUCUUUCUAACUAUGUUAUAAUUGUUGUUAGGUUUGCUGCUAUAUAUAAGAACAUUCGUGUAGCGUUAGCGACUAGAUAUUACAGCUAUCAAAUAUUUAUAGUAAAUUUAUUGCAUAGAAAUAAAACUUGAAGCAGCAAGAGGUCCCUUAUUUUGUUUAUAUUUUAUUUAUAUGACAAUUGACAC